AUGAUCGUUUGGCCGAAAUUUUCCACACCGUUAACGGUGGUUGCUUUGAAAAACAACUUAAAUCCUAUUUGGAAGGACUUCAACAGAUGGGGGAUUACAUCCCUAGGGAAAGGGUCCUAUGAAUUAUCAUUUUCCACCCUAGGGGAUGUUCGUCGUGUUCGCUCAGUCGCGUCUUGGAAUCUGCAACCUGGACACUUGAAACUAAUUGCAUGGACAAGAGAUUUCAACCCUAAUAUGCAAAAGAACACCAAUUCUCAGGUUUGGGUUAGAAUUUAUGGUUUAGCUCAGGAGUAUUGGAGGCCUAAAAUACUGUUUCCUGUUGCUAGUAGCAUUGGAAUUCUUAUUUGUACAUAUGUGAUUGGAACAAAAACUUUAUUUGAGAUAACUUUUGGGCAUUAUGUCCGAGUAUUGGUGGAUAUUGAUUUAACUCAACCCUUGCGGAAUAAGUUUCUAGUAGAGAGGCAGGGGUAUGCUUUCUUCGUUAAGGACGUGAAAAAGGUUAAAGAAAAAGCAAAGCAAAAACCCAACCUUAACUCUGAGGCUACCUUUGUCCAGGUUAGAGAUGGGCGUAAGGUUGGUGAAACAUCCAAUGUCAGAAAUGAGGAAACUUUGAAUAGAGAUAUACCGGAUGAACCAAUUACUCUAGCAGAAAAUGAUUGUAUCCCUGGACUUGAUAAAAAUGAUCCUAUUGUGCAAGCUAGAACUGAUAACAUGUUUGAUUCUCUCAAUACUAUUAACAAUGAUACCGAUAGUUGUUAG